ACUGAGGCAGAACGUCGCUUUGUCCGAGAACAGGCCGAGCGUUUGCAGCAGACGAGAUUGACUGCCAACGCUAACAGGUUGGCAUCUAAAGGUCGUGCUUAGCGUGCAGACCGUACUCUGCACGAUGCUGCCUCAAGGCGCGCGAUUGACGCCUGAUUCAGCCCCUGAUGAAGCGAGGUCGACCGGAGCACCCUCUAUCUGGACCUGACAGGCUGACUGCGGUAGAUCGUUGCGCUGCCUGCUUCGUUGCUCGGCCGCGCUCCCCCGAACUCCGCCUUCGAGCGACGCGUGUCACACAAAACGCGCCAGCAAAGUGGCCAAGCAAUCAGCGGCUUAUGCCGUCUGUGGCCUCCUCCCGAGACCCGCAAGUCCGACUGGGGAGCGGUAAGAUAUCAGCCAUAUCGCAUCCCUUCGCAGCCGGCAGCCGUCCCAAGCUGCCUGCUCUAUCGACCGAUACGGCUCUCACAGACAAUCGGUUGCCAUCUUCGGCAGCAGGCACGGGCACUGCGCCUGGCUAUGGACAGGCUAUCACCAAGACCGAGCCCUUUCGCUCCAAGACACCUUCGGAAACAAGGAUACCCUAUUCCAUCGGCGAACAGCGCUCGACACGCGCACAGAGCGUCGUUGCCCGCUCGGCGCCGCGCUCGCCUGCUUCUGCCGGCGCAGUAGGCCAGACACGCUCGCUUUGGAGAGACUGGGAGACAACUGCGCCACCGUCUGCUCCGCCCGCGAUCCCCCACGCGCCAAAAUCGCCUACUGCAUCCCUCAGAAGUCUGCCAAGAACUGCCUCGCGCCGACCGCGUUCGCCUGAUGAAUUUCUGCCACCCGUGCCAGCUCUGCCGCCGGUACUCAAGCGCGCAGACACCGAGCCUCAUUCUUCCGGCAGCGCUUUCUUCGCGGAGCCAAGACGCCCAAGACAGAGACAAGGCACGCAGGAUAGCGUGAAGAGCUCGAUCAGUGAGCCGAGGUCUGUGCGCGUACCCUCGCGAGAUCCCGCCCCACGGUCAGGCCACAGAAUACAAGAGGCCUUGCCUUUGCCAAAGUCAGGCUCCUUGGAUCCCGAUUCGCCUGUUGAUGCGCCUUUAGGAGCACCAGGGCGCGACCGGGACGUUCAUGCCAUCCCUUUAGCAUCCGAGGCUACAGAGCCACCGAGGCUGUCGUCCUUUCAGCACCGCCCAGAAUCAAGUCAGGGCAGUCAGUCCGCCAGUGGUCAGAGUAGCCAGCGUGAAUCUAGCAGAAGUACUUCACUAGCUGGCAGCAGCUUGCCCACUCGAACAUCCCGCGAGUCCUUGUCGAGCUCAUCUGGCCGGUCUCGCCAGCCGAGCCACGAUACCGAUCGUGAACCAAGUCUCGAGAUCGAUCUGCCUCCUUGGGCCUUCGAUGCUCGUCCGGCAAAUCAGACCGAAUCUCAUAGAGCCCGGCAAGCCUCAUCUUCGUCCUCCCAGCGCUCGUCAAGUAGAGGCGCAAGCUUAGCCAGCGGUAGCAACGCUCGCUUGGACGCCUUUCUGGGCAGAACGCCAGCGAUGCCCUCGCCCUCGAUGUCACGGAGCGAGUCCUCAACCCCAAGCCUGGCAGAAUCGCUGAGAGAUGACAGAUCAGUCGAGCUUGAGCCGGUCACACCAAGGCCAUCACAGCCAGACCACAAACGCGUGCAAAGCUCGUCGACCAAUCAUUUUGACUUGAGGCUCAGUACAGCCGACAGCCUCGAUGGCUCUGGUCCUAUCACGCCCCGACCGAUAUUGCGGCCGGCUACCUCGCAGAUAUCAGCUACAGGUGACAGCGCUGCCGAUGUGACCAUCGACGCGCGUGCAGACAUUGAAUUUGCGAGGCGCGUCAUGGGCAACGCGAAAGGUGCUGACUCGUCACCAACAAAACGUAUAGCCGCUCGACAGGAGCAGGCUAUACAAGCCAUACAGCGCUUAGUGCCCCGAUACGACGCCCUCGUCGAAUAUGUCGAAACGCUGACGAGCAGACAGAACGAUCUCGAGGCUUCCCUCAAGAUCGCCCGCUCGAACGUUACGCUCGUGGAACAGCAUGCGGAGACGCUGUCAGAGGCACUGAGGCGGCGCGACCAAGACUCGCGCAUGCUGCGCUCAGAUGACAAGCCAAGUAUCGAGCUCGAGCGAACACGAAGCGGCACUUCUGAUACUGGACAAACUACCGAGCUGCAGGCGCCCGCACUUGAGCGCAAAGACUCGUUCUGGCGACGGGCGGGGAAGAAGUUGGCUGGAGCAGCUGAAGAUGAGCCGCCUCGGAUGCGCCGCACUGCGAGCGAGAGCAGCAAUACCAGUUCUGCUCCUUCGUUGACCAGCUUGACAGAGGUGCUCGAUCCAUCUGAGAGCUCGGUGGAGGAUCCCUCCAUCAACGACCUCUGCGCUCCUCUAUCAGACAAAGCCACUACGGCAGACUAUAUCGCUCGGCUACAAGACAUACAGGUCUACAUGAAUCUCUGCCGAUCGGGCUACAACCGCCAGCGUCAAGAACACGAGUCUCUUCAUAGCUCGCAUGCCACCCUUCAGCAAGCAUUCAACGCGCUGCAGCAAGAGCAUGCCUCGACCAAAGCUGCGCAUGUCAAGCUGCAACAUGCCCACGGUGAAAUGCAGACUGAAGUCGAGAGCCUGUCGGAGACACUUUUCGGCGAGGCCAACAAGAUGGUUGCAGACGAGCGCAAAGCUGCUGCUGAGUUGCAGGCAGAGCUUGAUACUGCUCGACGUCAGAUCGAACAGCUCUCCCAAGAUGCUGCUGCUGCCACCGUCAUUCGUGCCGAAUACGACAGACUCAAGAAGCGCGUUGGCGCCAGCCCUACACCUAGUCCAGAUCGAACUGUCGCUGGCAUAGAAGCAUUGAGAACGAUGCACUCGGGGUCCCCUGGUCAAGGCAGUCUUGAACUACAGCCUCCUCGACCGCCAUUCUGGCGCAACAUCAGCAAUAUGUCAGGCGUGUCUGCUGUGUCGAAUCCUGCAAGUCUCGCCAGCCUGGUCACGGAGGCUCAUGAGGAUGCUAUGGCUCAUGAGGAGAACGAGCUCUCGCCGGGAGCGAGUGGGGGCGCCCGGGCUUGGCUCGCUGCAACCUUUGGCCGCAAAGCGAGCAGUACGAGUCUGCCCAUGGACGCCACAGACAGUCGCGACAGCCUAGAAUCCUCGCCCGCCUUCUCGACAUCCUCUCGUCAGGACGCGACUGCAAGGAUGCAGCGCUUCUUGUCCGUUACAUCGGAAGCUGUUGUCGCGCGCUCUGUCAGCCAAGAUCGCGCAGCGCCUAGUGUGCAGGUUUCAGCAGCUGCACAAGAUCACAGCCCGCAGUUCUGGAGGUCCGGGGAACACCCGUCCACACCUUCGCCCAAGCUAGGCUCGGGCAUGCUACGCAGAGACUCUGAAGAGCUGACGCCCGAGCCUCGCACGCUCGCACUCAAGCCACUCCGGAUGUCGAGAUCAUUGGGCGAUUUUAACAGUUUGCUGCUAUCACCUAGCUCAGCCAGCCUUACAACGUCUCCAGAAUCAAUGUCGAUCAGAAGCGAAGCGCCUAUAUCGAAUUACCCAUUGGCACGGAAGGUUCGGCCGCCGGCCUCGCUCGAUGCCCUGCAGAACGCUACGCGACUGCUGAAGCAGACACCGUCGUUGGGUGCGAUGACAUCUCGAGCAGCGCCAUCCGUACCGACCCUUGCAUCACUACCGGCGGGCCUGACACGUCCCAGCAAUCGCAGAACUGCGAGCUCUCAGAGCGCUCGAAGCACUGGCAGCACACGCAGCGGUGCCCGUUCGCCUGCCAUGACGCGAGCUGCAGACGAUCUCGAUCAGCUCAUGGCAGAUAUGGCUGACCUCAUUUAGUAUACGCUCAGUGCGAUUGUUGUUGUUGCUAAAGAGUCUGUGUACGCUAGCGAGCGCGA